AUGGCAGGUGGCCCAGGGGGUCUUUUCGCCCAGUUCGCCCAAGGAUUUGGAGUUCCUAUGGGCGCUCGACUUAACCGACCAAAUCCUCGUUCGUAUAACGUGUACUUGAAGGCCUACAGUGUAGCGAUGCUUCCUGGCCGGGAGCGAGAGAAUCUCUCCUACGGAGGAAAGAUUAUCAUGCCUCCAUCAGCCCUUGCACAUUUGACUCACCUUGAUCUCGAGGGACCUUGGAUGUUUCAGCUCACAAAUGCGACCAAUCCAGCCGCAUCCACACAUGCAGGUGUACUCGAGUUUAUAGCUGAAGAGGGAAUAGUCCAUCUCCCUUACUGGAUGAUGAAGACGUUGCGUCUCAAUGAAGGCGACCCAAUUCGCAUAACUGGCGCUGAACUCCCGAAGGGCAAGUUCGUCAAGCUACAGGCGCAAUCUACGCAUUUCCUUGAAAUAUCAGAUCCAAAAGCCGUGCUUGAGCAAGCUUUGAGAAACUUCACUGCACUCACUCAAGGUGAUAUAAUUGAAAUAUAUUACAACUCAAUAAUCUUCGGCUUUCUUGUGAUGGAGGCGACACCCGGUGGAGGUGGCAUAAACGUGCUAGACACUGACCUAGAGGUCGAUUUUGCUCCCCCGGUCGGUUACGUAGAGCCUGAGCGUCCGAAACCUGCCCCGCCUUCCACUAUGGCAUCCAAAUUGAAGAUCGACCUCAAUUCAUCGAGUCCCGGUUCCUCACGACCGUCUUCAUCUCUAGGUGGUGGUUUUGUUGCUCCUGGUGGAACGGCUGUAAGCAAAGGUGGCGAUCAUUGGGAGAGUUUCAAGGGCAAGGGAGAAACUCUCGCUGGUCGGAAGACGAAAGGCAAGGGUAUCAGUCACCGGGGAGUCGAAGCAGUAGGGGGAGAUAGCAAGAUCAUCAGGACUGAUCAACAGAAGAUUAUCAACAACAGCUCCGCUGAAGCAGAUGUCAAGGUUCCCGCUGCACUCAAUCUUCCAUUCGGGAAACUGUUCUUUGGUUUUAAUGUCGUCCCAUACACCCCACCGGAACCCAAGACUCCUUCGUCUCCUAGUCCUUCAGCUCCCUCUUUCUCGGGUUCGGGCAAUACCCUCACGGGCCGGCCAGUUACAUCACCCCCAGGUGCAAAAGGAAAGGAAAAGGAGAAACCAUCUGCAAAGUCGCAACCAAGCGAGAAGGUUUGGGGCACCGGCAAUACGCUAGAUUCCUCUCGGUCCACCCACAUUCCACCAAGCUUCCGUGGGCGUGAUCUUGGUGGUUCUGGAGGUAGACCGCUUCCCCGACAAACGACGGCACAGUCGAAGCGACGCAGUCCGACGCCGGACUGGGGUGUAGACGAUGACGACAUGAUCGACAUCGACAGUGAUUGA